ACUCUCGUCACUCCGCAGUCGCUUCUCUCACGUCCCGGGGAGUGACGUCGCUCGCGGCCAACUUUUACGCACUUCGAGCCGUUAUGUUUCCGACUUCGAAACAAGUUUGACGGGAAAUUCAUCAAGUUUUCCGAGCGCGCCCGCGUUACCAGAGCGAUGUGCACGAUAAUAACGGAGCAAAAAGUGACAAUUUAGUUAAUGUGACAGUUAAAAGUGAGUGUUGAAGAUGCUAUCGAUGGGAUUGUUGUGGAUGUGGUGCGUGGUGAGCAGCUGGGUGUGGGGCGGCUGCGGCGGCGCGUCGCUGACGUCGCGCGUGGCGGAGGCGCCGCAGGAGUGCGAGUGGCAGCGCGUGUCGGGCGCGGCGGGCGAGCCCACGCGCGUGCAGGUGGCGUGCUCGCUGCGCACCGCGGCCGGCGCCACCGACCUGCUGGCCGGCCUCAGCGCCUCGCAGGCCAUGCGCAUCACCGCGCUCGACCUGCACUGCACCGACACGCUGUUCUUCGAGAGCUCGCUCGACAUCGGCCGCAGGAAGGAGGAGGGCACCGAGCUCCUCUCUCGCUUCCAUAACCUCAAGGAGCUGCAGAUACAGUCGUGCAAAAUCCGAUACGUCCCGUCUGCGGUAUUAUCUCCGCUCAGCGGCCUCAGGAGCUUGACUAUACGGACGCAUAAUACCGAUUGGUCUGCGAUGUCAAUGGAGUUUCACAGAGACAGCUUUAGAGGUCUAACGGAUUUGCGAACGCUGGACUUGGGAGAUAAUAACAUCUGGGUUUUACCCUCGGAAAUAUUCUGCCCGUUGUAUAAUUUGAAGGAGUUGAAUGCGACACAGAACCGAUUGCAAGAUAUAUCGAACCUCGGCUUUUCCGACUGGGGCAACGGACCAACAGCCCCCGGAAAAUCCUGUAACACAGUGUUGGAAAUAUUGGACAUGUCUUACAAUGAAAUUAGUUCACUGCCUGACAACGGAUUGUCGAGUUUGCGAGCGUUGCAGAAACUGUUUCUGCAAAACAAUAGAAUAUCGUCAGUGGCGGACCGUGCUUUUGUUGGAUUGAGUGAUUUGCAACUACUGAACUUAUCAACUAACGCACUAACGGCGCUACCACCUGAGAUGUUUCAAUCUUCUCGAGACAUUAAACAGAUAUAUUUGAAUAACAACUCGCUCAGUGUUUUGGCACCCGGCCUAUUGGAAGGACUUGAUCAGCUGCAGAUAUUGGACUUAUCAGUGAAUCAAUUGACUAGUGAGUGGGUGAACAGAGACACUUUUUCUGGAUUAGUACGUUUGAUUGUGUUAAAUCUCUCACACAACAGAAUCACGAAGAUAGAUGCACUGCUGUUUCAAGAUUUGAAUAACUUACAGUUCUUGAGUUUGGAAUACAAUAACAUAGCUCGCAUUGCAGACGGAGCGUUUUCCAACUUGAAAAAUCUACACUCGCUCUCACUGGCUCACAAUAAUAUCGUUGAAGUGGACAGCAGUCACUUUUCGAACUUGUAUGUAUUAAAUCAACUGUUCUUGGAUGGGAAUAGAAUAACAAAUAUCGAUAUAAGAUCGUUUGAAAACAUAACUAAACUCCACGAUCUGGGUCUUAGUGGAAACCAGUUAUCAGAAGUACCGGAAGCUAUAAAGACUCUAAGAUUUUUGACAUCUCUGGAUUUGGGAAUGAACAGAAUCACAAAAGUAACAACAUCGGAAUUCGAAGGAUUAGACGACCUAUAUGGAUUACGUCUUGUUGGAAAUAAGAUUGAGAAAAUUUCCAAAGAUACUUUUGUUGCUCUACCAUCUUUACAAAUCUUAAAUUUGGCAUCAAAUAACAUCGAUCAAAUUGAUGACGGAGCCUUUGCCUCAAAUAUGCAAUUAAAGGCGAUUGGACUGGAUGGAAAUAAAUUAGUCGAUCUGAAAGGAGUAUUUACGAACUCGCAACCUCUCGUCUGGUUAAAUGUUUCUAAUAACGAGCUUUUAUGGUUUGAUUACAGUCACAUUCCUACAAAUCUAGAGUGGUUAGAUAUGCAUGAGAAUAAAAUUGAGAAGCUCGAAGAUACGUAUGGGGUAAAGGAAACAUGCUCAUUAAAAAUGAUUGACGUCAGCUUCAACAAAAUAAAAAGUUUAGACGAGUUCUCUUUUCCCAGCAGUAUUGAAACACUGGUUCUAAACGAUAACAACAUUGAAAAGAUAAACCCAGGAACAUUUCUACAGAAGUAUAAUCUGAACAAAGUUAUGCUCUAUUCAAAUAAGAUUAAAACAUUGGAAGUUGGCGCGUUCGCAAUAUCCACAGUUCCGGACGACAAAGAUCUGCCGGAGUUCUAUAUCAGCGACAACCCGUUUGCAUGCGACUGCACAAUGGAAUGGCUGCAGAGAAUUAACCAAUUAAGCGACCUCCGGCAACGCCCUAGAGUCAUGGACUUAGAGAAUGUUAGAUGUACACUCACGCAUUCACGAGUGAAAACCGAAGUGCUUUUACUGGAAGUGAAAACCUCUGAAUUUCUGUGCGAGUAUGAAUCACACUGUUUCACUCUUUGUCAUUGUUGUGACUUUGACGCCUGCGACUGCAAGAUGACUUGUCCAGAUAAAUGCUCCUGCUAUCAUGAUCUUACCUGGAACUCGAACGUGGUCGAUUGUUCGAACGCCGGCUAUGAUUACGUGCCCGAGCGGAUACCGAUGGACGCGACCGAAAUAUACUUGGAUGGGAACGAUCUAAAAGAAUUAGGAAAUCACGUUUUCAUUGGUAAAAAACGACUACAAGUUUUAUAUCUCAAUAACAGUAAUAUCAAUACAAUACAAAAUAGAACAUUUAACGGUAUUGAGUCAUUGAGAAUCCUACACUUAGCGAGCAAUCACUUAGAAGUGCUAAGAAAUACACAGUUUACUCGACUCCCCAAUCUAAACGAGCUGUACCUGAGUAGCAAUAAAAUAAGAGUUAUUGAGAAUGAUACUUUUAAUUUCUUGCCUUCAUUAGAAUUCCUAGACCUUGACAAUAACGGGCACGCUGAUUACAUGCCGUGGAGAAUCAUCACAGAUAAUAACCCUCGCACGCGUGUCUCCGUCGAUGGGAACAACUGGAUAUGCGACUGUAAAGACAUCUCUCAGCUCAACCAAUGGCUUAUAAAGAAAUCUAAAGACACCGAGACUAUGAUGUGCUAUUUUGCACACGGGCUACCCAUGAAUAAAACCAUAUCAACGGUGGCUAAAGAGUGUAAAACUGAAGUAUCGACUGAAGAAAAUGGAACUGAAACGCUGAAAAGACUUAUCAUCGAAUCAUCAGACGGAGUUGAAAAUUACAUUCCAUACAUCGCAAUGUUGUUGAUCAUAAUAAUCGUGCUAUUGUUGUUGUGUGCCCUAUUCUUUAUGUUUCGAGAGGACUUAAAAUUGUGGAUGCACUCACGAUUCGGCAUAAGAAUAUUCAGUCCUUCACCUCGCGACAUGAAUGACAAUAAGAACAAGCGUUUCGACGCUUUCUUCGUGUACAAUCUGAAAGACAAAGACUUCGUGACGCGCGCCGUGAGCUCGGAGCUCGAGAACUCGGGCCGCGCGCUGUGUCUGCAGCACCGCGACCUGCAGCUGCUCGAGAGACACCAGAGCGACAGCCUCGUGGCCGCCGCCGAGUACUCCAAGCGACUAGUGAUAGUGUUAUCCAUCAACUUCCUCCAACAAGAGUGGUAUAGCCCGGAAAUCCGCGCCGCUAUACAAAGUACUAUAAACUCAGUGAACAUCAGGCAUAGGCGACAAAAGAUUAUAUUCCUAGUGACAACGGACCUCAGUGCCAUAAACAUAGACCCGGACAUGAAAGUGCUAUUGAAAACGUGUUCAGUGAUAGUGUGGGGUGAGCGAAACUGUUGGGAGAAGCUAAAUUUUCGGUUACCGGAUGUGGACAGUUCGCUAGCGAAUCGGACGCUUCACAGUGCUAAUAGUAUACAUUUGAAGUCUGCGCGGGAGGGGUUCUCGCGGCACGGGAACCUGAGGUAUACGGCGCCGCCGAAAUCUCACGACCCGUGGUACAAGUACGGGAUGGCGCCGCCGGUGCUGAUGAUGGCGUCGCCUCUGCACUCAGCGAGCGCCAGCGCGGAGGUGUCGGCGCGGAGCACGGAGGACGAGACCUGCUCGGUGGCCAGCAGCGAGGGGCCGCCGCACCACCACAGCUACGUGUCCAUCGACAACCACCAGCCCGAGGAGCGCCCGCUGAGGUCGGCCAUCCCGCUGCCCGUCAACACUAGACCCACUAACAUGAGAAGUACCUAUUUUGUGUAGUUAAAGCUUUUGAUUAUUUUUUUGUGUAAAUAUUUCGUAUUUAUGUAAUGUUUGUAUUAUUUGCCAUAUCAGAACGUAUUUGAAGGAAUACUAGCGUAUUGUAUACGAUGGCUAAAAAUGUUGGUGCUUAGAUGAGAGGUUGAGAGAUCUGAUCGUUAAUUUAAUUAUUGAUUCAAUAAUGUUGUAGCACAACUAGCAUUUAUAAAUAGUAUGUACCUGUUAUUGCUUUCUUUUGUAAAUAACACUGCGUUGUGUACUCAGUUUGUAUGUUUAUUAUAAAUAGAAAACACAUUCCUCUUGAAUUAAUGCUUUCAUAUUAUGUACAAGCAAAGAAAGAAAUUGUUGACAAAUUAUCGCUUUUUUCUUAAAGCAGUAGAUUUCGAAACUAACUCAACUUGAUAAUAAUGUUAUACAUAGUUACUGUACUGGUAAUAUAAGGUUCCUGUUAUUUAAAGAAUGCUCCUGUAAUGUUGCGGGAAUGUAAUAAUAAUAUUUUGUGAUAAUGUUAGGUACUUAUUAUAGACUUGAACAAGUUGCAGUGAGAUGUAAAGGUUUGUAAAAUAUAACGAGAUAUGACUGUAAAUAGUAGAUUAUAAGAGAAGAAUUUGUAAAGAACUGAAAUGUACCCUAGUCAAUUGUAAAUAAUAAAUAAUGAUUUAAAGAGACUAAGCACAUAAUUUUGUGAUGUAACUUAAGUUAGAUAGAACAAGAAAAUUUCGUAUUUAUUACGCUUCCAAACAAGAGUAUGAAUAAAUUAAUAUUUUGUCUACUA